CCAGGUUCAGAACCUUUUGUUGCUCCUUCAGAGAGGUACCUUGAGUGUAACGUUGCUCCUACAGGAACACAAUGUCCAAUUUCAAUAUGGCUUGGCUUCUUGUUGGGCUCUGUGCAUUUGUUCACUGUCAUCACAUCCCUACCUACUUUCAGGCUCAGAGAGAACUGUCUCGUGGUCGUUAUCAUUUCCCCUAUCACAACAUAGCUAUAGGCAAUGCUGAUUUUGCUUUCAAAUUCUACCAUGAUGUUGUUUUAGGGGCUGCUGGGAAGAAUAUAUUCUUUUCUCCUCUGAGCAUUUCCACUGCCUUUUCCAUGCUGGCACUGGGAGCUAAGUCUCACACACUGAAUCAACUUUUAUCAGGACUUUGCUUUAACCAGACAGAAAUCACUGAGCAGGAAAUACAUGAAAAUUUUCGUGCACUCCUUGAGCACUUAAACAAUCCCUCCAGAAAUAUCGAGCUGUCCCUUGGGAAUGCCCUUUUCAUAGAUGAGGAAUUCAAACCCCUAAAGAAGUUCCUGCAAGAUGCUAAACAUUUGUAUAAGUCUGACAUUUCUCACACUAACUUCAACAAUUCUGAAGAAGCUGAAGAGGAGAUUAACAGCUACAUAGAGAAGAAAACUAAUGGAAAAUUAGUUGAUGUUAUCAAGGGUCUUGAUGCAGAGGUUUUAAUGGUCCUUGUAAAUUAUAUGUUCAUGAAAGCCUAUUGGGAAGACCCUUUCAAUCCUAUCAAAACUCGAGAACAAGACUUCUUUAUAGAUGAACACACUAAAGUGAAAGUUCCUAUGAUGUACAGAAAUGGCCGUUAUUAUACAUACCAUGAUAGAGAUGUGUCCUGUCAAGUGGUGGUGCUACCAUACAAGGGCACUGCUUUAGCAUUCUUCAUCAUGCCUGACCCAGGGAAAAUGAAGCAGGUGGAAGAUGCCCUGGGGAUAGAUCUUUUGACAAAAUGGUUUACUUCAUUGACAGAAAAGAGAAUAAAUCUCCAUCUUCCAAAGUUUUCCAUAUCUACCAAAUAUGUUCUCAAAGGGAUAUUGAGAAGAUUGGGUAUUACUGAUAUAUUUACAGAGGAUGCUGAUCUAUCUGGAAUUACUGGGAAGCCUGACCUGAAGAUUUCCAAGGCUAUUCACCAAGCUUAUCUGAAUGUCUAUGAGAAUGGCACUGAAGCUGCUGCUAGUACUGACAGUCAGAUUGUUCCCAAUUCUCUCUCUCCUACAAUAAAAAUCAACAGACCCUUCAUAAUGACAAUCAUUGAAUCUCAAAGCAUGUCCUUCUUAUUCAUGGGGAAAAUUACAAAUCCUAAUGAGAACUGAUCACAUAACUAGUGUUUCAGUUGUAAUAUGGACUAUAAUGCUUCUUAAAUUACAUUUACUAUUCUGAAAUUGUCACUGUCACAUAUUCUUAAAUGGUAGAAUUCAAAGAUAUAGCUGUGUUAGUCUGUUGAAUCAAUACAUAGAGAGAUCUUGUAGCACCUUUGAGACUGGCUUCCACUCCACCAAAUGCAUCUGAGGAAGUAGACUGAAGUCUACGAAAGGUCAUGCUGCCAAUUUCUUUCUUUCAGUUAGUCUCGAAGGUUCCACAAGAUCUCUCUACAUGCAUAUUCUUAAAGAAAUUAAAUACCGAUGACAUAGGCCCAAAACACACGGGUCAAAAGAAACGGCUUCUGGCUGCUUUGGGGGUAUAGAGUUCAGAUAAAGCAAGCAGCUGGAAGCCAUACCAAAGCUGCAGUCUGGUCCUUUGGACUGAAUCAAGAUGGAGUGGAGAAAAAUUGUUCCUGGUGGCAGCUGGCUUGGGAUUGUAGCAGCAUUUCACUUUGGAAGCAGGCCAUGCAGUUGCCGCACUCCUGGUGCGAUCACAGUCAGAAUAGUCUCUGGCCACUCCUGGCAGGCCAUCUGCUUUGCCCCAUAGACAUACCGACACAAAGUGGGUUUCUUGAGUACCUGUCCAUUGUGUGAGGGGUACAGGUCUGCUCUUCUCCAACUCAAACAACAAAGUCCCUGAAUUGGCUCUUGGUUUCUGCUGCUAUCUUUUUCUGUCUUUUGAAUAAAGAAAUAAUUAUUU